CCUGCUGCCAGAGCGGAGACUGUGACUUGCGCUCCGGCUACGUACCGUUCCCGGGAGGUAGUGGUUCGCACCGCGCUGGUUCCUGAGAGGAUUGUCAGUACGCGCCCACGGGAACUCUGAUGAACACGGAGGUCCAUCGUCCUUAACCCUGACAGUCAGUCGUCAGCGCUGCCUGCACUCAUGACUUUACAGACUCUGCUGACCUAUGGGCUCGGAAUUACGUUGGCAUCGGUGGCGUUGUUCAACUCACAAGUGCAUGGACUGCAAUGCUAUGGCUGCAACAUCAUCCAUGGGCAGCGGUACGUGGACGUGGGCUGCUCCAACCCGGAGGUCAUCACCUGCACACACUCCCACAAGGGCUUCAAGCACCGCUUCUGCAUCAAGACAGAGAGCACUGCGCUUGGCAUCGUCCUGACAAGCGGCUGUGCUACAUCCCGACACUGUCAGCAACAAGAGCUACCGGGGGUUCGCAUCCACUGCUGUGAUUCGGAUCUAUGCAACAGCUCCUCCUGCUGGCGAGCAAGUGGACUACAUUACGUCUGUGCGAUACUUAGCCUGCUAUUGUUAUGGCUACGGUUAUAGGAUGCCUAAAAACAUGGACUGGACAUGACGUCAUUUAUAUGUGUAAAACACCAAGAAGCCGUUUUGUUUAAAUUUUAAGAUCACACAAAUGACAUGCAUGAGCUAUUCAAAGUGAUUUUUUUUCUCAGUAAUUAGUUUUAAUAUGAGGAAAAGCCAUUUGUUUGAUAGUGUGCAGUGAUGAAAUUCAGUGGUACAGUACCACAGCAGCUACCACCAAUUAAUUUCAAUCAUUUCAUGUAACAAUAGUCAUAGUUUGAUUCCAGAGAGUAGGAACACUCCAGAGCCUAUGACUGCACCAAAUGUAAAUAUUCUGUAUUAAAGAGUAUAUUGAUAUUCUU